AUGAACGCACAAAUUCAGCAAUGGCUUGAAUUAAAGUGGAUGCCAGAUAAAGUCUCCAUCGAACUCGGCAUUGGACAGAACCUUCACAACUUGUUCGACUACGAUCUGUAUCCUAUUUGGCUUCGCUUCGCACAGGUUUACGAAGAGCUAAUGUCGACAAAACAGACGACGGAACUAGAAUGGCUAAAAGAACUGUUCCAGACGGAGAAUGAUCUGCUGGAGGUUCUCACUUCACCGAGCAAUGUCCGUAAUACGAAGGGCGAAGCAUUGCUGACCCAAUUCAUGAACGAGCAAAAGGAUCCGGUGAGGGCUUUUGACAUGUUCAUGCACUCUCGAAGUGGGUUAAGAGCGUUCUUUACUCAAAACAAUAAGAAACUUUCGAAGGACCUUCAACAAAAAAUGAUGAGACUGACCGACCCAAGUAGUAGGAUGACUCAGAAUUCCCUGGCUGAGUGGCGCGAAUUCAAACAGAAUAUUGAUCUUCCAGAAUCGAAAAAUGUUUUGUCAAUGCUUGAGACGCAUGAUAUAAUUCGGCAAAGCUGGAUUUUUUACAUAAAGUCAAUGAUACCGGAGAUGCCGACGAAAUCUCCUGUGACCGAAACGAUUGAGGUUUUGGCCUCAACGGACAUGAGAUCUCUUAAAGAAUUCGUGAAUAUUUGGCGUGAACACUCAGUCGAUCCGAGCGACGUUUAUACGAUAGUGCUGGAAUUCCAGAAUGCCAAGGCAUCUCAGGUCGUUUGGAAAUUGUUUAUAAAUGAUUAUAUGAAGACAAAGAAGCUUAAUAUUCCUCCGAUGAUCAAGACGUUUAAGAGCCUGAGUGCCCAACACAGCAGCAAGUCAGACAACUAUGGAGAAAUGCGCAAGAUUGUGAACGAAUGGGUAAAUAGUGAAUUUCCUCCGAAGCAAGCGUUUGAAGCGUUGCUACUUGAUGUCGACGCGAGUAGGUUGCUGAACCAUUGGUUUGUAUGCAUGGACCACUCUUUCAGAAACCUUAUUUCGAAACCAGGUUUCGAAAGCACAGCGAGCAUGUUACGUAUAUCUUCUAAGAAUCCCAGUGCGCAUAGAGCAUACCUCAAAAUGCUGAGCAUGUUUAUCCUAUUUCGCGAUCUUGGCGAUCUCCAAAGCCGCAACAUCGUUAAUUUGGAAGAGACCAUGUGGAUACUAAACCCCAUGCCCUUCGAUGAGAUCAUUUGGCUAUUACAACUCGAUACGACUACGAACGAAUUGAUAGCAAAAGCCGAAAAAAUGCUGAUCGCUAGAAAUGAGGUCGAUACGAAGACAAAAGCGGAAGAAGGGGCUAGGAAGUAUCGCCAUUCUAGCUCGCUCGGUGUUGGUUCAGCGCAGCACGGCCAGACUCUAAAAUCUGAUCUGUCUGGGCGUGACGAGGAAAUCGUAACAGUACUUGACAAAGCUUUGUCACAUUUGCUGAACAAUCCAUUGCUUCCUUUUUAUUUCGACCUUGAAAGGAAGUUAAAUCGCAAAGGGACGUUGUUCGGGACGCUUCUUCAUGUUCUUAAAGAAAAAAAGUUGACGGACGUGGUGGAAGCAGCGGAAGAAUCCAUAGCUAUAAAAAUUAUUUGUCUUCAGUUGUUAGAGCAGGAUGAACGUGACGUUCCGGUGAAGCCGAAUCUUGAAGCCAAGACUGCAAUUCCUACGAAAACGGGCUUUCCCCCUUCUCGAAAAUACCACACUGGCUCUCCAAAAUAA